GCUGAGUUUUGACCGAUCUGUCCAAGGACUCCUGGACUCUCAGACUCGCUUCACCCUUGUUCUUGUGGACAGAAGGCAGUGGCCAGCAGCUUCCCAUUGUGCCAGGCACAGCCCAUCAGAAAGAAAACCUUGGAAGAGGAACCUGGGAGAAGGACAGCAGAAACUCUUUCUCCUAAUUCACCAGAAUAACACUGACCACCAUCUUCACUACGAGGAGGUUGGCAGAGUCUUAGGAACUAAAGCCUUUAAACAACAGGGACCUCCUGUCUCUAGAAUAAGAACACACCAGAAGCCCCUUGUGCUGGGACUGGAGACAGCAAUUGGUUCUCCAUGCCUGGUGCUCCAGCCUCCUGCCAGAUGUGGGCCACCACCUGCCAGGAGAAACGUCCUCUGUCCAGCCUUGCGGCCAAGCUCGGAAUCCCAGGAUCAUGGGAGACUGCCUUGACCUUCUCUUAGGAGUCGUACUCCUGACCAGUCCUGCACUUGGAAUUUCUUCCUGCUUCUUCAAUGGUUGGAGAGCCGUCUAUCUUUCCUGCAACCUCACCCACGUGCCCCAGGUCCCCAACACCACCAAGAGCCUCCUGCUCAGUUUCAACUAUAUCAGAACAGUCACAGCCACAUCCUUCCCCUUCCUGGAGCAGUUGCAGCUGCUGGAGCUGGGAACUCAGUUUACCCCCUUGACCAUUUCCAGAGAAGCCUUCCGAAACCUGCCCAAUCUUAGGAUCCUGGACCUGGGUGGAAGUCAGAUAGACUUCUUGCAUCCAGAUGCUUUUCAGGGGCUGUCCCACCUCGCUGAACUUCGACUGUUUUACUGUGGUCUCUCCGAUGUUGUAUUAAAAGAUGGUUAUUUCAGAAAUUUGACAUCUUUGACUCACUUGGACCUAUCCAAAAAUAAAAUUCAGAGUCUUUACCUUCAUCCCUCAUUCCAGGAACUGAAUUCCUUGAAGUCCAUUGAUUUUUCCCUCAACAAAAUACCUAUUGUAUGUGAGCACGAGCUCAAACCCCUCCAAGGGAAAACACUCUCCUUCUUAAGCCUUGCUAAUAACCUCCUCUACAGCAAUAUCUCCAUGGACUGGAGGAAGUGUCUGAACCCAUUCAGAAACAUGGUCCUGGAAACCCUAGAUGUUUCUGGCAAUGGCUGGGGGGUGGAUGUCACAAGAAACUUCAGCAAUGCCAUCAAUGGGAGCCAGAUUUUCUCUUUGGUUCUUACCCGUCACACUAUGGGUCCUUCGUUUGGCUUCUCCAACCUGAAGGAUCCUGACCAGCACACCUUUGCUGGGCUGGCCAGGAGCUCGAUGAUACAGCUGGACAUUUCACAUGGGUAUAUCUUCUCCCUGAACUUCCGAGUCUUUGAGACGCUCCAAGAGCUGAAGGUCCUUAACCUUGCCUGCAACAAGAUAAACAGUAUUUCGAGGAAUGCAUUUUAUGGACUUGACAACCUCCAAGUUCUCAAUAUAUCACAUAACCUUCUUGGGGAACUAUAUAAUUAUAAUUUCGAUGGACUGCCUAAGGUGGCCUAUAUUGACCUGCAGAAGAAUCACAUUGGGAUCAUUCAGGACAAAACAUUCAAAUUCCUGAGGAAAUUAAAUACCUUGGACCUCCGGGAUAAUGCUCUUAAAACAAUUUAUUUUCUUCCAAGCAUUCCUAAUAUCUUCUUGGGUGGCAAUAAGCUGAUGACUUUGCCAAACAUCCCACUUACAGCAAAUUUCAUCCAAUUAUCAGAGAAUAGGCUAGAAAAUCUGAAUGAUCUCUACUUCCUUCUCCAGGUACCUCGUCUCCAGAUUCUCAUUUUAAAUCAAAAUCGCUUUUCCUUUUGUCACCAAAACCAUGCCCCUUCAGAGAAUCCCAGCCUAGAAAAGCUUUUCCUUGGAGAAAAUAUGUUGCAACUUGCCUGGGAAGCCGGGUCAUGUUGGGAUGUUUUUAAGGGGCUUUCCCAUCUCCAGAUCCUCUAUCUGAAUAAAAACUACCUGAAUUUCCUUCCACCAGGAGUAUUUCAUCAUCUGACUGCACUGAGGGGACUCAGCCUCAAAGACAACAGGCUGACUGUUCUUUCUCCUGGUGAUUUACCUGCUAACUUAGAGAUCCUGGAUAUAUCUGGAAACCAGCUCCUCUCUCCUGAUCCUGAUUUAUUUGCAUCACUGAGUGCCGUGGACCUAACUCAUAACAAAUUCAUCUGUGAGUGUGAACUUAGUGCUUUUAUCCAUUGGCUCAAUCAAACCAACAUCACAAUAUCUGGGUCUCCAGCAGACAUGUACUGCAUGUACCCAAACUCUCUGGCUGGGGUUUCCCUUUACAGUUUUUCCACAGAAGGUUGCGAAGAAGAAGAAGUUUUAGAGUCCCUAAAGUUUUCCCUUUUCAUCUUGGUCACUGUCACCUUAACUCUGUUCCUUGUGGUCAUCCUCAUGGUUAAAAAGUUCCGGGGGUUUUGUUUCAUCUGUUAUAAGAAAGCCCUGAGUCUGCUGUUCAAGGACCCCAUCAAGGGAAGAGAAUCAGAUAUGUACAAAUACGAUGCCUAUUUGUGCUUCAGUAGCAAAGACUUUGAAUGGGUGCAGAAUGCUUUGCUCAAACACCUGGAUGUCCAGUACAGCCCCCAAAACAGAUUUAACUUGUGCUUUGAAGAAAGAGACUUUAUGCCCGGGGAAAACCACAUCGCCAACAUCCAAGAUGCUGUGUGGAGCAGCAGGAAGAUCAUCUGUCUCGUGAGCAGACACUUCCUUAGGGACGGGUGGUGCCUCGAAGCCUUCAGUUAUGCCCAGAGCAGGUGCUUAGCUGACCUCAGUGGUGCCCUCAUCAUGGUAGUGGUGGGAUCCCUGUCCCAGUUCCAUCUGAUGAAGCAUCAGCCCAUCAGAGGGUUUGUCCAGAAACAGCAGUACUUGAGGUGGCCUGAGGAUCUCCAGGAUGUCGACUGGUUUCUCAAUAAACUCUCUCAAUGCAUUCUAAAGGAAGAAAAGGAAAGGAAGAAAGUCAGUGCUAUUCAGCUGCAAAGUGUAACCACCAUCUCCUAGUCAAAGGAGCAGUUUCCACUUAUUUGAAGCCACAGAUAACUCUGUACCUUUUAUUUCCAACAGUUACCAUUUGCAUGCCUUUGUGUUCAGUUGCUCAGUCAUGUCCUACUCUUUGCGACCCCAUGGACUGUAGCCCACCAGGUACCUCUGUUCAUGGGAUUUCCUAGGCAAGAAUACUGGAGUAGUUUGCUCUUUCCUCUUCCAGGGGAACUUUGUGACCCAGGGAUCGAACCCAAGUCUCCUGUGUCUCCUGUAUUAGCAGGCAGAGUCUUUACCACUGAGCCACCGGGGAAGCCCUUAAGUUGCCAUUUGGGGUUCCUUUAUGGAGUUGUUGUUUUCCUACAAUGAAAAGAACAUAAAUCUCCUUGAUUUUCAUAGCAACACAAUGUUUUGUCUUGCCAACGUCCAAAUGGAAAGUAAUAGAUCUAGAAAAUUGCAACUGCCCCCAGCAGUUCUUACUCUGCAUUGAUUUCCUUUCAGAACCAGUAACACUGAUCUCUCCCAUUGCAUCGACUAUAGGAUAAAUCCUCUGCAUGGCAGGGGCACCUUGGGAGAAGUUAGAGAAGGUCGACACCCAUUCUCUAGGGUUCAUUUCCAGAAGGUCAGUGAUUCUGAGGGCUCUGUGCCUGGCACAACAACACUAAGUAGAAAACAAACAGAAAAAGAGGCAUGGUUCCUACUGUUACCAUGAGAACAAUGCCAUUGCUCAGUACAGGUCAUGCCCAGUCUCAGGGAUCAGAGUGGCCCCAAAGAAGCCAGGAUGAGAAUCACUAGAUCUCCCGGGGCCAUAUUGCCCCAUUUCUUCUUACCUCUUGGAUCUAACCCUAGUGGGCCAUGGACAUUCUUUUUGGCUUGCAACCUUUAUUUCAACCUGGCUUUCAAGAACCUUUGUGAUUUAGCACCAGCCUAUUUCAGGCCUCCCUGUCCAUCACCAACUCCUGGAGUUUACUGAAACUCAUGCCCACCGAGUCAGUUAUGCCAUCCAGCCAUCUCAUCCUCUGUCGCCGCCUUCUCCUCCUGCCCCCAAUCCCUCCCUGCAUCAGGGUCUUUUCCAAUGAGUCAACUCUUCGCAUGAGGUGGCCAAAGUACUGGAGUUUCAGCUUCAGCAUCAAUCCUUCCAAUGAACACCCAGGACUGAUCUCCUUUAGGAUGGACUGGUUGGAUCUCCUUGCAGUCCAAGGGACUCUCAAGAGUCUUGACUGAUUUCCGCUUUAUUUCCCCCCAUACUUCAUUUAUCGGCUACUCAGGCUGUUGCAGAAAGAACUUGGACCUGGACCCAGAACUUGGUUUGACUUCUGAUUCUGCUGCUCACGAGCUGUGUGGCCUUGAGCACAUUACACACCUUCGCUGGGCUUGUUUUCUCGUCUGUAGGUGUGAUCCUCUCUACCUCGCAGAGUUGACACGAGAGUUAAAUCCACCAAGAAUGUCAGGGUGUCUCAGAUCUUAUCUUAGCCACCCUAAUGGCCAUGGGAGGGUCCCCACACCAAGGAGGGCCUUCUGGAGGCAGUUGUGAUUUCUUAGAAUUUGUAUUUUUUUUUUAAUCUUAAGAGAAAUCUAAGUGUAUUUUGUAUUUUUUCAGAUUGAUUUUAAUAAUAAAUAUCUUUCUGCAAAAGCAUUAAGACAACUUAAAUCAAGGAAGGUGUGCCAAAGUUACUCCUGUCUUCCCAAAUGGUGUCCUCCAAAUCCAUCCCAGCUUGGGACUUGUACAUCACAUGUCAUUCACUUCCCCUCACUGCCUGCCCCCCAUCCUAAGACCAACACAUACUCACACACUAGCUGUUGUCAUCCCAGCUUCUUGGGACCCCUCUGAUCUAUGAGAAUGAGCUUGUCUUACUCCACAGCAUUAUGCUUAUGCACACACGCACCCCCACUCUGCCCCUUUCUUCUGGAAUGUUUUCCCAUCAUUGCAACCCAUCCAGCCCACCAAGCCUCCUUGGAUGCCUCCAACCCCAAAUUCUCUCUCCCUUUUGUGCAAACUCUUAGUGCCCUAUCCAUCUUUUUUUUUUUUUUUUAAGUUCUUACUAGUUCCCGCUUCCUCUGAGAGUUGUGAGCCUGUGAGGCCACCCACCCCUCUGGGUAAGCUCCAUGACAAAAUGUCAUGUCUUACAUGCCCAGCCCUCACUGGCCAUAACAAACCCAAUAUGGUUUCCAGACCACACAAGCCUUGCCCACCUACACGUGUCCAUACUUCUUCCUUCCCCUGGAAUUCCUUCUCCCCACCCUACCCCCCACAUCUGCCUGGUGAAUUUCCUAGCACCACCAUUCAUUCCUUGUGACCCCACAGAUUUCUGACACAAAUACAUAAUAUUGCGUUGUGCCUAUGGAUAUAAAGGCAACUAAACUGUGACCCCUGAGAGCAGGGACCUUGUCUUGUCAUCUCUGUAUCCUGAGCUCAGUAUACUGCCUGAUCCAGUUGUAUAGCUGCUAAGUCGUGUCCAGCUCUUUUGUAACCCCAUGGACUGUAGCCCGCCGGGCUCCUUUGUCCAUGGGAUUUUCCAGGCAAGAAUACUGGAGUGGGUGGCCAUUUCCUUCUCCAGGGGAUCUUCCCCACCCAGAGAUCGAGCCUGUGUUUCCUACAUUGGCAGCCGGAUUCUUGACCGCUGAGCCACCAGGGAAGCCCAAGUAUGUGGUUAAUAAAUGCCUGGUGAAUGGAUGAAGCACAUUGUAAGGUCUCCCUGGUGUCAAAGCUGCUGCUAUUAAAUGUGUUGCUGGUGAAUUUGAGAUUCUUUCUUCAUUGCAAAAGAAUUUGGAGAUGAAGCAGAGAGGUUAAGAAAGUAAAGUGAAAGCUUAUUUAAGCAAGAAUACACUCUCAGAGGGAGGACAGGCAGACAGGAGGAGCUACCACACCAGGCCUCUUUGGCAAGAUGGUUAUGAGAGGCAUACAAAUGGAGGGGCAGAAUAGUCACUGGGGAAGGAAGUCAUCGUUCCUGAUUUUCAGCCCAGCUCCAUUUUCCUGAAAGGAGGGGGGAUUUCUGUCCCCUUUUAGCUUAG